AUUACUUGGACACUUGACUAAAAAUUUGAUGCAACGUUAUUUCCCGCAGAUGCGUUUUUUUCCAGCUUUGUCAUUUUGCAGUCGUCAGUUCUACGAAUAAUUACACAGCCAAGCAUGCUAACAGCUAACAGCUAAUAAAUGAAGCUAGGUUAGCUACAGAAAUGAAGAAAUCACGCUGCUACGACACAGCGUGCCGAUGUGUAACGUUAUAAGUUAUGAUUAUACCUACAACGAUUUAGCUUAAAAUCCCCCAAAGUAAGUAUAACUGUAAAAUUUGGGGCAAAUAAAAAACUAUGCUGCAAUUCAAAACGGUUUAUGCAAAUGACGCAGUAACGUUAACGUUACGACUUUACGUACGAGCUUUUAAUUAAAACCUGAAAAAAAAAUUUAUCUGCAUGGCUGGGCAACGUUACUACAAGAGGAAAUAACAGAGACUGCAGUCAACAAACUGUGAUGGAGAAUGAUGGACAACCUGACAGCAAAUAGGAGUCGCAGAGCCUGUCAGUCAUGGGCAGACCAGAAUGGCUGGCCAACAACUUUAACUCAAGGACCCUCUCUCAACCUGCUGCCCACCUCUCAGCAUCUCAACCUGGGCUCGUCUUGUGACCAGAGACCCUCCUACGACCACCUGCAGGCGUCCAGCCAGAGCUGUAUGGGUGAUCUCAGCACCUUAUCAUCCAGAAACACUCUUCACUCUGCCCUGUACAAAGGCCCUCACAGUAGCAACAAUCCAUCAUCCAACAUGCUGUUUGCCAACACUGCUAUCCCGUGUGACUCUCACAUGAUUUCCUCAUUUGCUCAGCAAAUCCCUCACACUUCAUCAAUGCUGCUAACUGCAAACCAAGGAAAAAAUAUCCCACCACCAUCUCUCCCCCAAACAAACCAAGCUUCAAAGCCCUGUAGGUCCCAACAUCUACCACUUUUCUCACCCCACGACCCAUACAAAGCUUCAUUUCAACCUCCAUUAACCAAUCAGGGUGUACCAAACGGAGUUCAGGAUCAGCCCAUUAGCCUGCCGUCGUGUGGACCGCAUGAGCAGCGUCAGUGGAUACCUUCAUCACCCUGCAGGGGAGCUGUAAAUGAGUCUGUCCCUGAUGCAGCUGCUCAUCUUAACAAAGAACCAACGCAAGAAGGGAACACAGCUCCACAAACCAGCAAUGAGAAAUUGCGUUCAACGCUUUUACAUCAUCGUGCACAACUGCUUCAACAACUGUCAGAGUUGGAUAAACUACUGGAAUCGGUACCUCCAGAUGACAGCAACGUUGGGCAGUCUCCACACACAGCUGUUCAGUCACAGUCACGCUCAGCGGAUUGUUCACCUGCAUCACCUGCACCCUGUGAUAAACAAAGUGAGACUUGGGACACACCAGAGGACCCAAUGUCCGCCUCAGAAUCAGUGAAAAAAGAAAAUUCUUCCGCCGAAUCAGAGGAGGAUGCUGAUCUUGAUGACUUAGAUCACAGUGAUGAUGACCUCUCUUAUGUCCCACAUGAGAGCUCUUCAGAUGAAUCCAGUCACAGCACUUCCUCAGCCGACACAGACAAAAGACCUUCUCUCCCGAGGAAAAAAAGGGCUAAAGCGGGAAGUUCUUUGUCUAAGGCUGAAAGUGUCUGUCCCCCCAAAAAGACAUGUGCAACUAAUCAGAAGAAAUCAUCUGAAACUGUUGUGUCGCCAUGUUCAAAUUCUAAAGCGAAGCGUGUUUAUGACAGGAGGAAUUAUUGUGUGUUUUGCUCUAAGCCAAUAUCCAAAAUGGCACGGCAUCUUGAGACAGUCCACAGUGACAAAGCAGAGGUUGCAGCUGCCUUUCAGUAUCCCAAAAAUUCCAGAGAAAGACAAAAGAUAUGGAACAGACUAACAAAUGAAGGAAACUUUGCCCAUAAUAAAAAAUGUCUUGAAAACAGGGAAAGGCCAACUUGCUGCCAGAAAAAGGCCGAGGCAAACUGGAAAAGCCCAAGACUUUCUUCAUUGUCUUUACUGUCGAGGUCUUUAUGGGAGGAAAGCUUUGUUCAGACACAUGAGGUUGUGUCCAGAGAAAGUGAAGAAUGAAAAUGAAUCACAGAUCGGAAGAAAGCGUAUCGCAUUGCGGUGUUUUCUUGAAGCUUCAGAAGACCUUGGCAUAACUGAUGGUUUUAAGAGCGUUUUGUCCCAGAUGACAUACGAUCAUGUGGCUGAAGCUAUCAUGGAUGACAAGGUCAUCUUGCAGUUUGGCGAGCUCCUGUUUAAACAACACGGAUCAGAUGUGAAGAGGCAUGAACAUAUAAGGCAGAACCUUCGUCAGUUAGCAAGGCUUGUACUCGAAGCUCAAAAGAUAACUCCUCUGAAGAAACUGGAGGACUUCUUUCUCCCCUCAAGCUUUCCACAUGUGGUGUCUGCGGUGAACGUCCUGGCAGGCUACGAUCCGGAAAAAAAAUCGUACAGCAUUCCUUCACUCGCCAUCAAGCUGGGCUACCACCUACAGAAGGCCUGUAGUAUCGUUGAGGGUAACGCAGUGGAGUGUGGUGAUGAAAGUCUGGCAGAGUCUGCACGAAAGUUCCUCUCUGUGUACCAGAAAAAAUGGAACAAACUCAUUUCUGCAGGUGCAUUAACAACACUCAGAGUAACAAAACUGAACACCGCAAAGAAGGUGCCGUUAGCUCAAGAUGUAAAGCGCCUGAACUUCCACAUGGAGAAUGUUCAUGUUGUUGCUGAGAAAAAGCUCAGAGAGAGCCCUUCUGCAGAAAACUAUGCUGCUCUGGCCAAGGUAAUACUGGCUCGAACAAUACUUUUCAACAGGAGAAGAGCCGGAGAGGUAUCAUCAGUGCAACUAACAGCUUUUAUGUCACGGAAAACGUCGAACCUGCACGCUGGCAUGGACAUAAGCGUGUCAGAUUUGGAAAGAACCAUGUGUGGAUUCUUCACCAGAGUAGAUAUACGAGGAAAGUGCGGCAGAAUGGUCCCGGUUUUACUAAAACCAUCAUUCGUUUCUGCUAUGGAGCUUCUUGUGAAGGUUCGUGAGACCUGUGGAGUCCCCAGUAAAAAUCCCUUCCUGUUUGGCCGGCCAAAUGCACUGUCUGCCUACAGCGGGUCAGAUUGCAUCCAAAAAUAUGUGAAAGCAUGCGGAGCUCAAGACCCUGAAACCCUGACAUCGACAAAAAUCCGGAAGCAUUACACAACAAUGCUACAGAUGAUGAACCUGGAUGAAAACGAGGCCAACCAAAUUUUAGGCCCCAAUAAUCAAGUCCAAACCCUGCGACAUGACAGCAGCAUGGAGCUGGAUGACGUCAAAAUGGACUGUUACGAGAGAUUCCAAUCUGCAAGAGAACAACAAGCUGCAUCAUGGGAUCACAAUGGAUCAGCAGAGUUUUUAUCCUGAACAAGCACAUGGAGCAACAACAGACACCAACAUAGCUGCAACUCCAAAAUCUGUCAACUGGGGCAACAAAGGCUCCCAAAAUAAUGGUAAACAUAAAUGGGAGGAAGCAGAGGUCCUCGCUGUUGAAAGACAAAUGAUGCGUUUAAUUCAAGGACACAAGGUGCCUCAGAAAAACGACUGCAUUCAGUGUCUCGAGGCUGAGCCAGAAGCGCUGAGGAACCGUUCAUGGAAAGGUGUAAAGGACUACGUCAGAAACAGGAUCACUGCCCUGAAAAGACAAAGUGGAGCUUCUCGGGCUACGUCCACAAACAGUAACUUGCCCGGGCAAGUGGAACCGCAGCAGAGUACCGGACAUUUUCAGCAGUUCUGAACGUGAUAUUUUGUCGGUGACAAAAUCUGUUUGUGCAACUUUGCUUUCCCACCUUUUUUAUCCUUCACCUUCAUCUACGUCUCUGAUGCAACGUUGUGAGAGUUUCCAUCCAUUAGGAUGAAGAAUAGAUUAAUAUUUCAUCUUUGUUUUUUUUAAGGGUUAUGAUUACAGUAUAUCUGUCACAGUGGUUUUAUUUCAUUUAAUUAACUUAAUUUGUAAAUAGACAUCUCAUACAUACUGAAGAAUGAUGUAUUUUAAUUUUUUGGAGCUGCAAGUUAACUUCUGUGAUCAAGUUAUCUGGCAUUUUGUAUUUUGUUAUUCUGUUUGGUACACUGUAUUCUCUUUGACUUUGUAUAACAACUUGCCACCAUUAAAAAGUGCCAAGAAUAA